AGGGAGGUAAUCAUGCGCACUGUUCGCACGGAUCGUAAAUUCUGGGAGUUCGGUCGAAAAUUGGUCGCCGCUUUGUGGGAUGCUCACGCGCGCAUUUAUCAUGGCUACGAAGUAAUCGGCAUGGAGAAUAUACCAGAAACUGGACCUGCGUUGAUUGUGUACUACCAUGGCGCUAUACCCAUCGACAUGUAUUACUUAAAUUCACGCAUUAUACUGCAAAAGGAUCGUCUUAUAUACACCAUUGGCGAUCGAUUUCUAUUCAAAUUACCCGGUUGGGGUACAAUAUCCGAGGCAUUUCACGUCAGUCCCGGCACGGUGCAGUCUUGUGUUGGCAUUCUAAAAGAGGGUAAUUUACUAGCCAUCUCACCAGGUGGCGUUUAUGAAGCACAAUUCGGCGAUCAAUACUAUGAACUGUUGUGGCGUAAUCGUGUUGGCUUUGCAAAGGUUGCGCUGGAGGCCAAGGUGCCAAUAAUACCUUGCUUUACGCAAAAUUUACGCGAAGGUUUCCGACAGCUGGGCAUAUUUCGCAACUUUUUCAUGAAACUCUACAAUACAGUGCGCAUACCGGUUUACCCCAUUUACGGUGGAUUUCCGGUAAAGUUUCGCACAUUCGUGGGUCGACCGAUAGCGUACGAUGGCACGCUAACGCCAGAGGAGCUGCAAAUGAAGGUGGCCUCGGCGUUGGAGGAAUUGAUAAAUCAGCAUCAACGUAUUCCUGGCAGCAUAUUUCAUGCGUUGCUUGAUCGUAUUCCCUCACUUCGUACCAAAAGAAAAGUCCCGGAAUAAGUCGCUAAAGCCGCAUCUGUUCAGCGUAUUUUAAUUUGAUAAUCUCUACAUACUCUACUGUGUUAAAUUUUCGUUUUUCAUUUCUUUGAAGGGGAGGGAAACGCAAAAGACUUUCUGCUAACUAUACAAAUAGUUUAUUGUGCACCUAUCGGGAGAGUUUUGCUU